AUGGCCUCGCUACAGAUGCAGUCGAGCACUUUAGGCGCUUCUCACAGGCCCAUCAAAAUCACAAAGUCGCGCGGGCGCACCGGCGUCAAGCCCAUACUCAAAAAGUUGCAGUCUCACCACUCGGACCGCGAGUCUCUCGAUCUUGACCGAGGCUGGGACGAUCAGCCCUCACCGCGACUCAGUUCUCAAGACUUCGGGUACGGCCCUUACGACAGCGACAGCGGUGGCUACUUUGGCUCGUCUGCCCAGUAUGGCGGCAAUGUUGGCCCUAGUAGGACGGCCCGCGACGUAAGCUUCUCACUUGCAUCGGGAGACUACGGUAGCGGCGUGGGAGCCAGAGGCAAAUACUCGCACGCGCGCUCCACCAGCGGCACCUCCCACGCCUCCAUCGCCACCACCAAUAGCAGCGGUCGCAAUGGAGGCUCCUUCAUCCAUCCCUUCCAGCAGACCCCUCAGAUGGCCGCCGCGACACCUCUCGCCUACGCGAACCCGCGCACGUCCUUCGACAACUCGCCCACCAUCACCGAGGACGACGGCGACGACGGCGACCCUUACCCCUCGUACCAUUCCGCCGCCUCCUCCGCCAACCGGCCAGCCGUCUACCAACCGGCGCAUCAGCAGCACCAGCAGCAGCAGGGCCAGCGACGGCCCUCGCUUGCCAGCCAACGUACCGCCUCGGUGUCGGAUGGCGCCCAAACGCUGCGGGCGACAGCAAGCAGAUCCCACUCGGGCUCUGUGCAACGUCUCACCUCGAGCUCGGUGAACCAGAGCCGUUCCGAGCUGCAGCUGAGCACUGCCAACUCGGUCAUUGAUUCACCACUGUCAACGACGGCACCGCUUACAACUUCACCCACCUUCGUAUCCUCCACCCAGGGUGCCUCUGCGAGCACCGCGACCACGGCCACACCUGCGCAGUCGUGCUCCUCGUCGACAAGUCCCAUGUCUCCUCUUCGGAGCUCGCUCGAUAUGAGCGGAUUCCGCCUUCGCUCACGGAGCGAGGUCGACACCUUUACCCGUCAAGAGCAUGUUCGCGAGGCGCGGCGCAAAUUCGAGGCCAAGGAGCGCGCCAAGGAAGAGAAAUACGCGCGCGAACAGUCACGCAAAGAAGCGCACAAGCAAGAGCGCGGGCAGCCCCGUGUACAAAAAGAAAGCCACGGCAGCUUGCCCGGCGCCAUCAACACAGCUGGUCUGCAUCGAAGAAGGACGCCAAAACCCGAUGUGGCCACCAAUGAGCCCAACGAGAAGGACGUGCACGCCAGCCAGAGUCCCGAUGGGGUGCUCGACCUCCAGCCCAGGGCCGAUAGCGUGCAGUUCAAGUCGCCAAAGCGCACCAAAACGGCCAAGCACAAGACCAUGGGCGUGUGGACAUCGUUCAUGCUGUGGCUCAGAACUCGACUGCUCAAGCUCGGAAGGUAG